AUGGCACCAAUUGGCGACGAUACUGUGCAGUCGCUGCACGAGCUGGUCAACAAGCUCGAGUUGCGGGUGAAGGAGCUCGAGGACAAGCUGAGCCAUGCAGGCGGCAGCAAGCCUACAGCAACCGAGAGCGUGAGAAUGAUCUUGAUGGGGCCUCCUGGCGCAGGCAAGGGCACCCAAGCACCCAAGAUCAAGGAGAAGUUCAGCUGCUGCCAUUUGGCUACCGGAGACAUGCUUCGAUCACAAGUCGCGAAAAAGACACCUCUGGGAAAGGAGGCAAAGAAGAUCAUGGACCAAGGUGGACUUGUCAGCGAUGAGAUUGUUAUCGGUAUGAUCAAGGCAGAGCUCGACACCAACCAGGAGUGCAAAGGAGGGUUUAUUCUCGAUGGUUUCCCACGAACAGUGGUACAAGCUGAGCGCCUGGACCGUAUGCUCGAGUCGCGAAACGAGAAGCUGCAACACGCCGUUGAGCUGCAAAUCGACGACAGCCUUCUUGUGGCCCGGAUCACUGGUCGCUUGGUACACCCAGCCUCAGGUCGCUCAUAUCACAAGAUCUUCAACCCGCCCAAGGAUGAUAUGAAGGAUGAUAUUACGGGUGAGCCCUUGGUCCAAAGAUCGGACGACAAUGCCGAUGCUCUUAAGAAGCGACUAGUCACCUACCAUCAACAAACCUCCCCAGUCGUUGGCUACUACCAAAAGAGCAAGAUCUGGAAAGCCAUCGACGCCAGCCAGGAACCCGGUCAAGUUUGGAAAAGUCUCCUUGGAGUCUUCGACGCGGAAAAGAAGGCCAAGAGCGGUGGCCUGCUCAGCAAGAUUACCGGAAACUGA